AUGGCUUCUCCGCGAGCUGCAGAGACCACAGAGAAUAGCUUGGAGAAGAUCAAGCGCCAACUCGCAUCCGCUUCGGGUAGGAACUUGUUGCAGGGACCACUUCUCAAGAGAUCUGAAACCCUCAGAAAAUGGAACGAGCGUUGGGUGAUUUUGGACCCGACAACGGGGAGAAUGGAAUACAAGAUAAGACGAAAUGAACCAUCUGUGAAAGGAACGAUUAUAUUUGAUGCCAAUAGCACGAUCACAGUAUCUCCUGUGAAUUUUCAGGGGCUUCCAAAGUAUGAUGGUUGCUGUUUUUAUAUUGGGACACCACAGAAAAAGGAUUACUUCCUCUGUGCCGAGACUCCUGGCGCAGCUAGAGCAUGGGUGUCAACUUUACAUGCAACUCAGUUGGUUUUAAAAGCCCAUAAAGAAGCUGUGAAUUCCUUAAGUGGGAAUGGUUCUACAAAGUUAGGAACUGUUGCAACGGUUGUUGCAGCAGCCAAUUCAACAGCCUUGGAAUGUUCAAAAGAAAUUGAAGCAGCAAUGCAGAUUUCUUUGCGAAAUGCUCUGGGAAUGAUGAAUAAUAGGACUACUGAUGGUCCUAUGGAUGAUUUAACAAUCAUGAAGGAAACACUAAGAGUGAAGGAUGAGGAGCUACAGAACUUGUCUAGAGACCUUCGGGCACGUGAUUCAACUAUAAAAGAUAUAGCAGAUAAACUAUCUGAGACUGCUGAAGCUGCUGAGGCUGCAGCAUCUGCUGCUUAUACUAUGGAUGAGCAUCGGAGAAUUGCUUGUGCAGAAAUUGAACGUUUGAAUAAAGAUUCUGAGAAGCAUCAAGAAUUGUUUGCACAGAAGCUGAAAGAGUCUGAAGAAAAGAUUGUGGGCCUAAGCAAAGAAAAAGAACAAUUAAUCAGGCAGAGAGAUGCAGCUGUUCAGGAAGCAAAUAUGUGGCGAACCGAGCUGGCAAAAGCUAGAGAACAUGAUGUUAUCUUGGAAGCAGCUGUAGUAAGAGCAGAAGAAAAGGUUAGGGUUGCAGAAGCAAAUGCUGAAGCUAGGAUAAGGGAUGCUGUUCAGAGAGAAUCUGCAGCAACAAAAGAAAAGGAAGAGCUUCUGGCAUAUGUGAAUGUACUAAAAGCCCAACUUCAAAGGCAACACAUUGAUACAACUCAAGUUUUUGAGAAAACAGAGUCAUGCUCAGAUACAAAACAUGUUGACCCCACAGAAGAGAAUGUGGAUAAAGCAUGCCUGAGCGUUUCUAGAGCUAUCCCCGUACCUGCAGAGAAUGUAGUCCACAUGGCAACUGAUCAGGUGAACAUUCAGCCGGUUGGAGACAAUGAAUGGAGUGAUAUUCAAGCAACAGAGGCAAGGAUAGCUGAUGUAAGGGAAGUAGCACCUGAAACAGACGGAAGCAGCUUGGAUAUUCCUGUGGUUAGCCAGCCAGGUACCAAUCAUCACCAUGAACAAGGAGCUAACUCUUUCCAUCAGCCCUGA